AUGACCGCGUUAAAUGACCCGUCGUCGGUGAUUCACACCCCGACAAAAAGUGUCAAAGACGAGCUGCUGUCGCCAGGAUUCAGUGACAGCAUUACUCAAUUUCUGCCCACCGAAGUUUCCGGUUCGGACGAAGAAGAAGAUGACGAAGAAGAAGAGGAAGAGGAGGAGGAAGAGGAACGGGAAGAUAGAGCACAUGCUUCGCAUGAAGUUUCACCCCCCGCCACCGAAAUCGCUAGCACAGACAAAAAUGUCAAACAAUCCUUUUCCGCAGGUGCGAAGUUCCGUGGAAGACCCUCGUCGUGUGUCUUUGUCGCCAGCCUUGCAGCAGCUCUCACUGACGACGAGCUCUGUUUGUCAGUAACAGAAAACUUCAAAAAAUUUGGCCAACUGACCAUGGUAAAGGUGUUGAGGGACCCCGCUAACAGGCCCUACGCUUUCGUACAAUACACCAACGACGUGGAUGCCAAAAAAGCUUUGAACAGCGCCCAGGGCUCCAUCCUUAACGGAAGAACUAUUAGGUGUGAGCCUGCUCGCGUAAACCGCACUUUGUUUCUCAGCCACAAGAGCCGAUACCCAUCACCUGCUUCCGGUGUUCAGGUCUCAGCCUCCACUGUAAACCAGUUGAUGAGUAAAUUUGGAGAAUUGGAACAGUUGGUAGCGUGUAGGGACCAAUACCCUCACAGGAAAAGUUACUUUCAAGCGGCUUUCAACAAGAGCAACGCUUGGUUCAUUCAAUUCGCCUUCCGCGAUGAUGCCAUCCGUGCUUUUGCAACGCUUAAAGCCGACUAUAACUGGGUUGUCGAAUGGGCUCAAAACAUAGAGGCUGGCCCUCAUAUGAACUUGUUAAAUUCUGAUAAUAGUUUGGUGAUUCAAGAAGAUGCUGAGCUCGCAAACAAUCAAUCUCCCGACGCUUCAAAUUUCGACGUUAACAGCUCACAUAUCGGCACCCAUGGAUCGGAUAUCAGCAUUGACCAAAACUCAAUCUUUGUAGGUCAACUGGACCCCAUGGCCACGGAAGAUAACUUGCUUGAAAGGUUUUCAAGGCACGGGACUAUCCUAGACAUCAAUCUGCUAUCCAAACCUAAUAAUGUUUUUGCCUUCAUUCGGUUUGCGACGGAGGAAGCGGCAGCAGCAGCUUUGGAAAUGGAAAAUCAUGCCAUUUUCCUCAAUAAAACAAUGCAUGUUCAAUAUCGGGAAAUAGGUGGCUCCAAGAAAUUUAGGAGACAUGGAAAUUCAGGGCACAGACCUAGCGGCGAUUUUGGACAUUCCAAUAAAUCAGAAGGCCGCCACGGUGACGCUCAUGACAAGUUCACAAGACAGUCGCCUCUAGUUGACGACAACAAUUAUUACAAUGGUCAUAUGAAUGGUACAUAUGGCAUGCCAUACCAACCACCUCAUCUGAAUCUGGCUCCUCCACCCAUCAACGUUGGUAAACGAAGAUCAAGCACUGGUUCAGGACCCUUUUAUUCCAACUAUCAUGCUCCAAUUCCUAAUUUCCAUGUCUUGUCUCCUCAACAACAAAGUCACAUCCCAAUGAUGACCCCUCCUAAGAAAAUGAAGUCUCACUCUAGGCGUAAAAGCAUCGAGAUCAUCAAAUCCCAAAUUGGUUCUAAUGAGUCUAGUAAUAAUGAUAAAGGCGAGAUCUCCAGCCUUAAUGAGACUGAUAAUAUCACAAGUCGUUCAUUCGCAACUGAAACUGAUGCUUCCGAGGGUUCCGAGUCGGUUGAUGACAAUGAUGCCUCCAGCUACGCAAGCACUUCGCAUUACACAACAUCCGCGGGCGGAAUUAAUUACAAGAAAAAGCUUGACGAGUACAAAAAAAGAGGCAACUACCCAACCUUCGAUCCUUACUACUACCCAUCGUACUACUAUCCCAUGGAGUACGCAGUGGGUCCUACUGGAGCUACCGGUCCUGCAACACCCUUGAAUUCAUCAGGAAGCAUUUCUCGGCCUGGUGCCAAUCCUAAUCAACCAUGCUUCAUGUACUAUCCUGUUCCAGCAGCUAACGGAGCUGAUUUCGGAGACAUGCAUAGCAUGGUUAUGUCCCAUAUCGGUCCGUCUCCGGGUGCUUUAGGAACACCAAUCAUCCCCAUGCCUGUUUCUCAAAGGCAAUUUGUGCCAAUGGAACCGAAAUUCAACUACAACAAUGGCAGCAAAGCUUCCUUGGAUUAUUAA